GUAAUCCGUCAGCGGUCAGCGUCCGGUGGUGCUCGGCUCAAAUUUUUAUUUAAUUUCAAGUUUCAAUUUUGAUAGUAUUUUUUCCCUUUAAAAGUAAAAUUUAAGAUUAAUCCAAUACAAUACUAUGCAAUAGACUGAGUUAAUUUAUUUAUUAAUUAAUAUAGCCAUGGCGGACAGAGAUCUUUCUUUAGGUCCUAGGGAUGGUAUAACAUAUCCAAUUAAAGUUCAGUAUUGCGGUAAUUGUUCCAUGCCAAUAGAGUAUUGUGAAUACUACCCUGAAUAUGACAAAUGUAAGCAGUGGUUAGAAAAGAAUCUACCAACAGAGUUCGAAAAAGUAAAAAUCGAUGAAGAAGACAAUGCCGGUGGUGAAGAAGAAAAGAAACGACAGAAGCGUGGAGGAAAGGGUAUGUUGAAAUCCAAGAAGAAGGAGGAUGUUCCAAAGCUUGUCCAAGUCUCUCGUGCCCCAAGGGGUAAAAAGAAGUCUGUCACAGUUGUAUCUGGAUUAAGCACUUUUGAUAUCGACUUAAAAGUUGCAGCUAAGUUUUUUGGAACAAAAUUUGCAUGUGGAUCGUCAGUUACCGGUGAUGAUGAAAUUGUUAUACAAGGUGAUGUCAAAGAUGAUCUGUUUGAUGUUAUACCUGAAAAAUGGCCAGAGAUUGAUGAAGAUAGUAUUGAGGACCUUGGAGACCAAAAAAGAUAGUCUUAUGAUGGAUCUAAGUCAAAUCUAUAAUUGUCACAGCUGUUUCCUGAAUGACAAUCUUUUAUGUUACACAAUACUAACUGAUCAGGAAAUAAGAUUACAACAUUUAUUUAUUUCUUGUGCUUUAUGAAGUGAAUAAAGUUUUCACUAUAAUGUAAAGAAGCCAA